CCAUGCCGAGCAGAAGUACGAAAUAAAAUUGGGAUCGGUGUGAGAUACGGGAAACAACUGUGGCAACAGAACCGAAAUCUUUGGGCAAAUAUUUGCCAAUUAAAACGGCGCGUGUGUGUGAAGUCUGUGAAGUGAAGUGAAAUUGGCCAAGACCGAAUAAUACAACCAGCCAUGUCCGAGUUUGUGCGGCAACAUGGCGAAUAUGUGUGGGUGAAGCCGCAAAAUACCGCCAGUGAGUUUGCAGUGCCUUUUGGGGCACGUAUUGUGAGAACAGAGAAAACCCAGACCCUGGUUUGCGAUGAUCGGAACAAACAGUUCUGGGUGCCAGCCGGAGAUGUCCUCAAGGCCAUGCACAUUACCUCCCAGGAAGAUGUGGAAGAUAUGAUCACAUUGGGAGAUUUACAGGAGUACACUAUACUAAGGAACCUACAGAAUCGCUAUGCCAAGCAGUUAAUUUAUACCUAUACAGGCUCCAUGCUGGUGGCUAUCAAUCCCUACCAGAUCCUGCCCAUCUAUACCAAUCGGGAGAUCCAGUUGUAUAGGAACAAGGCUCUCUCCGAGCUGCCACCUCACAUAUUUGCCAUUAGCGACAAUGCCUUCCAAAGACUUCAACGCCUCAAGGAAAACCAAUGUGUGGUAAUCAGUGGAGAAUCGGGAGCUGGAAAGACGGAAAGCACCAAGCUGAUACUACAGUACCUGGCUGCAAUUAGUGGCAAGCACUCUUGGAUCGAACAGCAAAUAAUCGAAGCCAAUCCCAUUAUGGAGGCCUUUGGCAAUGCCAAGACUGUGCGCAAUGACAACUCAUCAAGGUUUGGCAAAUACAUAGAGAUUAGAUUCACACCUGCAGGUGCCAUCCAAGGAGCACGGAUUCAGCAGUAUCUGCUGGAGAAAUCCCGCAUUGUCUUCCAGAGUCGCGAUGAGCGCAAUUAUCACAUUUUCUACUGCAUGCUGGCAGGGCUUUCGGCACCGGAACGGGAGCGUCUUAAACUGCAAGAGCAGUCACCAAGUCAGUAUCAUUAUCUAUCCCAAGGAGGCUGCUUCACCCUGCCGGGUAGGGGUGAUGCCAAGGACUUUGCCGACAUCCGAGCAGCCAUGAAGGUGCUAUCCUUUAAGCCGGAGGAAGUGUGGAGUAUCCUCAGUCUAUUGGCUGCUAUUUUGCAUCUGGGUAACCUAAGAUUCACGGCCACUGAGGUGGCUAAUCUGGAGGCUGCCGAAAUAGAUGACACGCCGAAUCUGCAGAGAGUGGCCCAGUUGCUGGGCGUACCCUUGGCUCCUCUUAAUGCUGCCCUCACCCAGAGAACCAUUUUUGUGCAUGGUGAGCAUGUGACCACCAGUUUGUCCAAGGAGGCUGCCCUGGAGGGAAGAGAUGCCUUUGUAAAAUCUCUGUACGAUGGCAUUUUUGUGCGAAUUGUGCGAAGGAUCAACGAGACAAUAAAUAAGCAAGUGGAUCAGCCCAUGAACAGCAUCGGUGUCCUGGACAUCUUUGGCUUCGAGAACUUUGACAACAACAGCUUCGAGCAGCUGUGCAUUAACUAUGCAAAUGAGAAUCUACAGCAGUUCUUUGUGGGGCACAUUUUUAAGAUGGAGCAGGAUGAGUACCAGAACGAGCACAUUAAUUGGCAGCACAUCGAGUUCCAGGAUAAUCAGCAAAUCCUGGAUCUCAUUGGCGUGAAGCCCAUGAAUCUUAUGUCCCUAAUCGACGAGGAAUCCAAGUUUCCCAAGGGCACGGAUCAGACUUUGCUGGAAAAGCUGCAUGUCCAACAUGGCAAUCGCUCCAUAUAUGUCAAAGGAAAAACCACUCAAACCUCGCUGUUUGGAAUCCGUCAUUAUGCUGGUGUUGUUAUGUACAACCCCUUGGGUUUCCUGGAGAAGAAUCGUGACUCGUUCAGUGGUGAUCUGAGGAGUCUGGUGCAGCGUUCUGCGAACAAGUAUCUGGUGGAUAUCUUUCCCCAUGAAAUGCCCAUGGAUACGGCCAAAAAGCAGCCAACAUUGUGUGUCAAAUUCAGAAACUCGCUGGAUAUGCUAAUGCGAACCUUGUCACAGGCUCAUCCCUACUUUAUACGUUGCAUCAAGCCCAAUGAAUACAAGGAGCCAAAGAACUUUGACAAGGAGCUGUGUGUAAGGCAGUUGCGCUAUUCGGGAAUGAUGGAAACAGCUCGCAUUCGGAGGGCAGGCUAUCCCAUUCGUCAUGCCUACCGUGCCUUUGUGGAGAGAUACAGGCUACUGGUGCCUCCAGUGGGACCUCUGGAGAAGUGCGACUGCCGUCAGGUGGCCCGUCAAAUCUGUGAAGUUGCCCUGCCCGCUGACUCCGAUCGCCAGUUUGGCAAGACCAAGCUAUUCCUGCGGGACGAAGACGAUGCCAGUCUGGAGCUGCAACGAUCCCAGCUGAUGCAAUCGAUUGUAACCAUACAGCGGGGCAUUCGUAGAGUCCUCUUCAGGCGAUACCUGAAAAGAUAUCGCGAAGCCAUCAUCACCGUACAGAGAUACUGGCGUGGUCGCCUGCAGCGUCGUAAGUACCAGGUAAUGCGACAGGGCUUCCAUCGUCUGGGAGCCUGCAUAGCGGCCCAGCAGUUGACCACCAAGUUCACCAUGGUUCGGUGUAGAACCAUCAAGCUACAGGCCCUUAGUCGAGGCUACCUGGUGCGUCGUGAUUUCCAGCAAAGGUUAAUGGAGCGACGAAAGCAGCAGCAGCUCAAGAAGGAUGAGCUGCAGAAGCUGGCCAAGCAACGGGAAGCUGAGGAGCUACUGAGACUAAAGCAGCUCAAGGAGCAAAAGGAGCGUGAGCAGCGGGAUCUAGAGGAGAAGCGUCUUAAGGAGGAGCAGCGUCUCAAGGCAGAAGCAGCCACUCGCAGCUUGGCCAUGGCUGCAGUACAGCAGCCCAAGAGAGCCAGGUCCCUGAAGCAGGAGGCACCAAAAGCACCCACACUUCAGGCGCGCAUGUCCCUACCACCACCGCCCACCAAUGUGAUAGUUGCUGCUCCACUUGCUACCAGACCAGCCAGUGCCACCAAUGGUGCUCCAAGGAUCAACACUAUUCCCGAGAGCCCUGCCAUUGAUGUGGAAUCCUCGAAGCAAAUGGUGGAUGAGAUGUUCCGCUUCCUCAACGAUGAGCCCGAUGCUGUUUUGAGGAAACUCAAUAACGUUUCCUCUGGCGAUACCAUCCGGCUGCCCAAGCAGGCUCCCAAUAAUAUUGACACAUCCGACUUUAGCUAUUUGAAAUAUGCCUCGACAUACUUUUGCGGUGGCGCCACAGCUCAGCAUGAAAGGAAGCCCUUGAAGCAGUCUCUGCUGAAACAUGAACUUCCUGUAGAUGAAAUGGCCGCCAAGGCCAUUUGGCUUCAUGUCCUGCGCUUCAUGGGAGACUUUCCGGAUGUUCCUUCAUCUCCUACUUUUCACUCUCAUGAUAACGUGAACCUCAUGAUUGAUUUGUCACGUUUCCUGAAUACUUCCGGUUCCGCCAAACCUCGUUUAUUUGUACGACAAACCCUUAAACGUCCCGCCAAAUUGGUGGGCAGUAGUGAAAGGGAGGCCGAGGAGUUUUACCAGCAAUGGCUCAACAUUCCCAGCAGUCACCUGGAUAAGCUGCACUUUAUCAUAGGUCAUGGCAUACUCAAAGAGAGCUUGAGAGAUGAAAUCCUAGCCCAGAUAUGCAAGCAGUUGUACUUGAACCCAAGCCGAAGCUCCUAUUCCCGCGGAUGGUUACUCCUUUCCCUCUGCCUGAGCUGUUUUCCACCUAGCUCUGAUUUUGAGCCACAUUUGCGGAGUUUUAUGAAACAGGGAACAGCUCAGCUGCAGGCUGCUCCCUCAAUUCAACGCUUGGAGCGAACCCUGGUAAAUGGACCUCGCUGUCAGCCACCGUCCUUGUUCGAACUCCAAGCCAUACGAGGUCAUCAGCCCCUUAAGCUAGACAUUUACCUGAUGGAUGGACAGACAAGGAGACUACAGGUGGAUGCAGCCAGUACAGCUCGAGAGGCAGUGGAGCAGCUCUGUCAGGGAUUGGGACUCACUGACAUCUUUGGCUUUGGAUUGGUAAUGUCGCUGCAUGGGAAGCUUAUACCGUUGGGAGCUGGUCAGGAGCACAUACUAGAUGCAAUUUCCGAGUGUGAACGCCGUCAGCUGGAUGCUCCUUGGAAAAUUUACCUGCGAAAGGAAAUGUUUGCCACCUGGUUUGAUCCUUCGCUGGAUCCCAAGGCCACUCAGUUGAUAUACAAGCAAAUCCUAAAUGGUUUGAGGUGUGGAGAGUAUCGAUGUCGCUCAGAGAAGGAUAUAGCAAUGGUGUGUGCCCUGGCCAUCUUUAUAGAACACGGCCCGGGUGAGAUUAAUCGAUUGAAGCCCUCUGAGAUCACAGCCUUUGUGCCCAGCGAUCUCCUGGCUCCCGGCGAACGAGCCAUUGAGAACUGGAGUCGCCUGAUAGCAGCCACCUAUGAGAAGAGUUCCUAUGUGCGGCAGGAGCAGAAGGAGCUGCAGCUGGAGGCCCAGCAGAGAGCCAAGGAGGAUAUCUGCCUCUUUGCUCAUAUUUCCUGGCCAAUGCGGCACUCUCGUCUCUUCGAAGUGACCCGAAAGACGGGACCUAAACUCUCCAGCGAUGAACUGAUGUUGGGCAUCAAUUCAACUGGCCUCUUCCUCAUUGAUGAAACGGAACAGGUGCUGGCUUCCUGCAGUUUUGCUGAGCUACUUAAGGUUAACCUGGAGGCCAAUGAUGAGCUUCAUGUGCUCACCUUCCAGCAGGUUAAUUUUGUGCUGCAGUGCAGCAUGGCCCAGGAUGCCAAUAAGAUGAUAAACUAUAUGCUGGACAAUCUUCGUCAGCGUUCAAGCUAUGGAAUAGCUCUCGAUAAUGUGUCCAAGGACAGUGAUCAAGAGGACUGCCUCGUGCUUUCCCCCGGUGUAGUGGAGUUCGAGGCUGGUGUUACGGGUGCCCAAUUAAUGGCUGGAAAUGCUCAAGACCUCUACAGAGGCUGUGCCAAUGGGCAGUGGGGUCAAUUUGCAGCAGGAAAUGUACGAAUAGUGGCCACGCUUACAAAACCGAGUGAAAAAUUGCGGGACAUCUUCAAGAAUGGCAGAUUUGAAGAGCCUCCGAAACCGAUGCAAAGAGCGAAUAAUUUAAGACGUCGUCAACAUAAUAUAUCUCAGCUGGCUGAGACUCAAUUCAGGGAGCCAUUAGAAACCGAUAAGGCACCCCUUACGAAGUACUCGCCGGAACCACUGAAGGCUCCUCUGCUCAAAGCUGUGGUUAAGGCCCCAUUGUUCCAGCAAGCCCUGGUUAUCCACCAUCACAUACUCAAGUACAUGGGCGACAUUGCCAGGAGCAAUCUGCCGGUAAACACUGACCUCAUCUUCCAGCCUGCCCUGCAGCAUCCACUUCUCUGCGAUGAGCUCUAUUGCCAGCUAAUGAAACAGCUCAGUGAUAAUCCUUGUAGUGAGAGUGAAAAGCGGGGCUGGGACCUCCUCUACUUGGCCACCGGGUUGAUAGCUCCCAGUGUCCUGGUCAUGCGAGAGCUAAUUACUUUGCGCAUGCGUGCCGAUGCCUUGGCCGAUGCCUGCCUCAAGCGUUUGAAACGCUCCCUGGCCCAGGGUCAGCGGAAACAGGCACCGCAUCUCAUCGAGGUCGAGGGCAUACAGCAGCGGUGCCUCCAUUAUCACAAGAUUUAUUUCCCCGACGAUACAGUCGAGGCUUUUGAGAUCGAGUCCCAUACCCGAGGAGCUGAGCUUAUUGAGGAUAGCCAGCGUUUGGAGCUCAAGUCCCCCUUGGGCUAUAGUAUUUUUUUAAAGACCGGCGACAAGGUGUAUGCCAUGCCCGAGGAGGACUUUGUGUUCGAUUUCAUCACCCAAUUACUCUUUUGGCUGAGACAACAGAAGACCCUUCGUUCCAUGUCCGAUGGCCAUUACCAGUUGCAUUUUAUGCGCAAACUGUGGCUUAACAAUAUGCCAGGCGAGGAUCCGAAUGGAGAUUUGAUUUUCAGCUAUCCGCAGGAGUUGCACAAGUACCUGAAGGGUUAUUAUCCUAUCGAUUGCGAGCAGGCCUCGCUUUUGGCAGGACUUGUGUACAGUGCGGAUCAUGACGUCAGCUUGCAGAGACUACCGGAAGUGCUGCCCCGCUUGGUGCCGGAAGAUCUGAUUCCCCUGCAAACGGUGGCAGAGUGGAGACAACAAAUUCUGCCUAGACUUAACCGUGAUCAUUUGACAGAGGACCAAGCCAAGUUUCUAUUCCUCCAGGAAUUGUCCCAUUUCUCCUGCUUUGGCUCUACAUUUUUCUUGGUGAAACAACAAAACGAGGACACACUUCCCGAAACUCUGCUGAUUGCCAUAACAGCACUGCUUCAUCUAUUGGACCCUCAAACCAAGGAGAUCCUUCGCAGCUAUGAGUACUCUCAGCUGGGUAUUUGGAGCUCGGGUAAAAAUCAUUUCCACAUCCGGUUUGGCAACAUGAUUGGAGCCUCCAAGCUGCUGUGCAGCACCACCCAAGGCUACAAAAUGGACGACUUGCUCGCUUCGUAUGUGAAGUACUUUAAUGAAGAGAAGUAACCUAGGUUACCUAAUA